AAUAAUAAGGCACAAGCAUAUUAGAUCUUUGAACGCUAGACAUCUUCAGCAAUGGGUUAUCACCACUAUCCAUCUCUUUUCUUGUUACUAAUUAUCACUCUGUCAUCAAGCAGCAGCUACACGGUUCAAGCCAAAGCACGCCAUCUUCUUGAAAUAACCUUGCCUGAUCCUGAAUUGCCAAAUCUCCCUGAAAUCCCAACUCUACCUAAGCCUGAAUUGCCUGAAAUUCCGAAACCUGAGCUGCCUACUCUGCCUGAAAUUCCGAAACCUGAGCUGCCAAUACUGCCAAAACCUGAAUUGCCAUCUUUGCCAAUUCCGGAAAUCCCAGAAUUGCCAGGGAAGCCAUGAAUUGAUAUAUAUAUUUCAAUUUCAGACCUCCCAGCUUGUGUUAUCUGAUCUUGUGAUUGUCUUGCUUGUAUCUAUAUAUAUGUGGUAUUGUCUUAAAAAAAUGUGGUAUCGUUUUUCGCUUGUAAUGAUGUUUCUUCUUUGAUGGCUGAUCCAUUUAUCGUUGUACCAUCUAUGUUCCUAGUGGAAUACAAUCUAUAUCGUUGCUAUGAAGUUACGUUGAUA